GGUCUCUAUACGACACUCCUAGUAUGUCAAAUACAAAUGUACUCGAUAUCUAAAUCUCCAAGCAUCCGGUGAACUGUUCAACAGAAGCCCAGUUUUCCGACAUGGGAACCACUCCACCCAAAGACCAGCAGUAUGUAUAUCGUCCCCCUCAAUUUUGGGCGGUAUUGAUCGGUAUCGAUGGAUAUUUGCAUACUCCUCAAUUAUCCGGAUGUGUUUCCGAUGCGAAUGAAAUGGAGAGGUACUUAAUUGACACUCUACACGUCCCGGGGAAUCAUAUCCAGUGCCUUUCUCGUGACGACUCCCAAAUCGCUGUCAGAGUCGACCCCAAUAGCGACCCCAGCGACGACCCUACCCGCAACAAUAUCAUCCAAACACUUCGCAAUCUACCUGCCAAGAACGAUAAUUAUUACAAGGAGGAGACCAUUGAAUCCUAUGGUUGCAGCCAAGCUCUAUGCCCUUCUGACCGUGGCCAAGGCACCGCCGACAUUGGCGACCGAUUGAUAAACGACAUUCUCUCCAAAAUAUCCAAAGAUACGGGAGCUCAUAUCACAGUCAUUCUCGACUGCUCUCAUUCCUCAGGUAUCACACAAGGAAUGCCUGGUGCCAUACCGCGUAACGCCAAUCGCAUAGAACAGGGUGAAGCUGACUCCGGCAAUACAGAAGGACAGCGCCAUGCCUCUCCGCUGCUGUCUACACUUGAAGCAAUGUUCGACAGCCCGGUAGACACCAAAGGGGGAAAUUUUCCGGACCGCAAAUCUGAAAAAUGGGUUCCUAAUAUGAAGUCUCAUGUCCUUUUGGCGGCAUGUCAAGGGUAUCAGCAGGCAAAGGAGAUAAAGAAGGAGGACGUUUCCAGGGGGGUUUUCACGAAGGCACUCAUUGAGGUUCUCGAGUCAAAGGAAUGGAAAGAAAAUGAAUUGAAAGAAAAGACGUAUGAUGCCCUCAUUGGUCAGUUGAAUGCCCACAAGUUGGAGGGCAAGACACAGACAUCGAUCGCCAUUGGGGAACGUAAGAACACACAACUUUGGUCCCAGGAGCCAGUGAAACAGUGAAGGCGAUAAACCACUGAAGGAUAGCUGUCUGGAUGCCGAGAAUUUAGAAGUAUUUUGACAGCGGAUCUGGCGUUCAACACAACGGAAAUAUGUCCUAGUUUCAAGAUAGUAUGAUACAAGAUGUACGAAGAGGUAAAUAUAGCCAUCUGUGAUUCUGUAAAGUAAGAGGGACGCAAAUGUAAGGCAAACAAUUCCUAUCAUAGGUAAAACUUGAACAUCAAGUUACUACGAU